AUGACGACGACCAAGAUCGUGCUCUCGUUCGAUGGCGCGCGCGAGCUCGUGACGGCAACGCGCGCCCACGAACUCAUACAGACGUACGCUCACGCCGAUUCCGCGGACCUUCCACCACCUUUCUUCACGCACAUCACGCUGCGUAACAAGAGCUACACGCUCGAAGCGGCGCGUGUAAUCGCUGCGUUUUUCUUGCGUCUCGAAGCCCGCGGCGCGUUUGUGCACCUCAAGAGCGUGGAUUUUGCUGACACAAUUGCUGGUCGUCCAGAAGAAGAAGCGCUGCAAGUGCUGGCGACGCUUUGCGACUCGUUGACGGCGAUCAAGACGCUCACACGUAUCGAUUUGAGCGAUAACGCGCUGGGUGAGAAGGGCGUGCGCGCGUGUUUUGGACUUUUGCAGCAUCAAGAAGAGCUCCAGCACAUUUAUUUGUGCAACAAUGGCCUUUCUGCGGCUGCUGCUCGGGUCAUUGCAGACGACGUGCUCCUGUUUCGGGGUCUGGAUACACCUACGAAGCUCGAGAGCUUUCACUUCUACAAUAACAUGAGUGGUGAUGGCGGUGCUAUGGCUCUAGCCAAGAUUUUACCGCUGUCACCAUUGCUGAAAGAUCUGCGAUUUUCAGCGACGCGGGCCCAGCGAGAAGGCAGUCUGGCGUUUGCUACGGCUUUGGCGUCGCUCACGAAUUUGGAAAGACUGGAUCUAAGUGACAAUACGUUCAAAGCACCGGGGGCCAAGGCUAUUGCUGCUGCUGUGAAGAACAUGCCAUACUUAGAGAAGGUGAACUUCCGUGACGCGGCUCUUGAAGACGCUGGUGUAGUGGCUAUUGCCGAUGCACUGCGUGAAGGAGGUGCAGCGAAGAGUCUGACGGUAUUUGAUGUGUCAGGUAACGACCUGUCUGCUGAGAGUAUGCCGAUGCUGGGAGAGCUGCUGCGCGUAAGCAGUGCGCUGCGUGUUUUGCAGGUGGAAGAGAAUGAGAUUGGAUCAAAGGGUGCUAAAGCUAUUGCUAAGGCUUUGAUAAUGGGAUCACCGAUGCUGGAGAAAGUGGUUGCAAAUGUCAACGAGAUCGGUGCCUCUGGUGCGCUUGCCCUUGUCAAGUCUGUGGUCGAUAAGAAGAUGUUUGCGAAGCUCGAUAUCAAUGGGAACCAGAUUUCGGCACAAGGCGUAGCUAGUAUUGAGUCGCUGCUAGAGAGUCUGAGCAAGGGCACGAUAUUGGGGUCGCUGGAGGACAACGACGAGGACGAAGGCGAUGAAGAGGAAGACAAGGGAGAGGAAGUCAACGAGGCUAGUUCGUUGGAUGAUGUGACGGCCAUGCUAAGCGAAAAGUUGACAAUCUCGCCAGAUACGAGUUUCGAGUUCGAAAACAAGAACCGCGAAGUCGUUGACGCAGCGCGUGCUCAGCAGCUGCUGGAGGCUGCCGGUAUUGCAGUAAGCGAGCAGUCGCCUCUACACUUCAGAUCCAUCUCUUUGCGCGGGAAGAGCUACACUGACUCGGGCGCGCAAGUGAUCGCAGAUGUGUUCCUCUCUCGACUCCAAAUCGAUCUCAAGGUGGUUGAUCUGGCUGACGUGAUCGCCGGCCGCCCAGAGGACGAGGCACUUCGAGUUUUGUCGAUUAUGUGCCGCGCUCUUCGUGGUCACAACCUGGACGAAAUCGAUCUUAGUGACAACGCACUUGGUGAGAAGGGCGUGCGUGCUUGUUUUGAUCUGCUGAUUCCGCAGCCAACACUUCGCCGUCUUCUCUUCUGCAACAACGGCAUCUCGUCCGCUGCUGCUAGCUUGAUUGCGCAGGAGAUUGUGCUACAGAACGGCAAGGCGACUCAGUCUUCUCUUCAAGAGUUUCAUUUUUAUAAUAACAUGAGUGGCCAUGACGGCUGUGUGGCGGUGGCCGACGUCAUUCCGUACUGCAAAAGGCUGACGCUGCUGCGCUAUGCAAGUGCCCGUGCUGGCUCGGAGGCAAGUGAACACCUGGCUCGCAGCGUGAAUGAUCACUUGCGCGACCUGAGAUCGCUGGACCUGAGCGACUGCUCAUUUGAACAUGAUGGCGUCACGCAGCUUGCAGAGGCGAUUAGUAAGCAAUCUGGUCUGCAGUACCUAAAGCUGCGCGAUGCUUCGCUCUGCAGUGAAGGUGCUGAGAUGGUGGCAAAAGCGCUGUCGAGUAGCAAGAUUCAGCUAUUGGAGCUGGAUUUGUCCGGCAAUGAGCUGGCGGACGAAGGUCUUGCGGCUCUUGUUUCGCUACUGAAAUGCCAGUCGCAGCUGAAGGUUUUGCGACUUGACGAAAAUGAGGUGACAUCUGAAGGGCUGAAGAAGUUUGUGGCGGCUUUGGGCACCGACAGUCUUCUGUCUCUCGAGGAACUGUCGCUGUGCGGCAACGAGAUCACAGCGAAGGGAGCGAUCGCCAUGGUGGAUGCUUUCGUGCCGACCAAGCCGACUCUUGUGCGACUGGAACUUGAUACGAAUAUGAUCUCUGAUAAGGGCGUGGAGUACAUAAAAGCUUUUCUUGCCACGCAAGACAAGGCUCAAAUCUUAGGGUCGCUUGAAGACAAUGACGGUGACGAGGAGAGUGGUGAGGAGUGA